UACCAGAAGUCCUGUGUAUUUUAUGUGACAGCGAACCUCAGAAAGCUAACCUGCAAAGAUAACUUGGUCUUGAGGAGGAAUCAUAAAGGUUGGAGCCUUACACUCGAGAGCUGGGAAGGAGGCUUUAGAAAGGAUGCGUCCUUACCUGUGUGAUAAAAUCAUCGCUGAGAGACACUUUGAUUACCUGCGUUCAAAGAAAAUACUCACUAGAGAGGACACGGAAGAAAUUUCUUCUCGAUCUUCCAGUAGAAAAAAAACUGGGAAGUUAUUGGACUACUUAGCAGAAAACCCAAAGGGACUAGAUGCUUUGGUUGAAUCUAUCAGACGAGAAAGAACACAAAACUUCCUGUUACAAAAGAUAACUGACGUAGUGUUGAAAGUCAAAAAUGAAAAACUUGAAGCUCUCAAAGGUCUAAGCUGCAGCACCUGUAUGACCUCACUGUAUGGAGGAACAAAUGAUCUUUCUAGAUCGUAUUCUGAUGAAUCUAAUUUUUUUGAUAAAACAAAAGACAAAGAAUCUACCCAGAUACAUCAUCCGGAAGAAGACUACAGCACCGCUGCGUUUGUGUCUGCUGUCUCUCUUCAUUCCAUGAAUUUACCGAUUGUAGAGAUGGGAAAUGCAGAGAGUGCUGUUUUCUCAGCCACCCUUCCAGGCCCCGGAGACCCCGGUGCACCCCCUCUCCCCCCAGAGCUCCAGUCAGAGCAGCAAGAACCAUGUACUAGUUCCAGUGACAAUUGCUUCUUGCCUUUAAGAUCACGUUCUCUUCAACCACAGUGAACGUAGUGACUUUUGUCCUUUCAUCCGAAUGGUACUGGAACUUCGAUGUCGUAUAAAGGUUAAAAAAAAAAAAAAAAAUGUUUUCAAACUGCUAACUAGCAAAAUCGGAGAAAACAAUCUAUGCUAUUUAGUGGGGUUUUUUUAAGGAGUAAUUUUUUUGUAAUUGGGUGACUCCGGAGCUGCUUGAUUUUUGUGUUCUUUAAGGAGCUUUUCUCAAAAGAUCGUGGUAUCAUACCAGCAAAGGUUUGGUUUUUAAACCUACGUCUUUAAGAUUUCACAUUUAAUUGCAGGUAUUUAAGCUGCAGUUAGAGAACAAACAUUUUCUUCCUACAGAAACUAAAAAAUCUGUUUUUCUUAAAGUUUCUGUGACAGGUGAAUUGGGAAAGAUGGUUAGGAAAAGUAUUGAAAAAUAACCUUCUGAACUAAAAGCUUAAGCUCACUUACCAAAAAGCUUAAACUCAUCUAAAAAAUUAAAUGUUUCUCUGUAGGAUAAAUUCUGCCCUCUAUGUAUGUGUGUGCAGCUCCAUUUGCAAAAAAACCCCAACCCACAACCUUAAACCCAAUCUGGCCAAAUCUGUAGCUACACUUAUUUGCAAGAAGUCAUCUUAAUGGUCUGAACUUUGUUCUCUGUCCUACCAGUAAAUCAACAGGCACUCAGUAUCGCCGUGGUUGGAGUUAGCAAAUAUACUUCCACAAGUCUUAGCGUAUUGUUUUUGUAUAUUAGUUAGAGAUUUCUGAUUUGAGAUGCACUUUAAAUACAAAUUCUCAUGAGUACUGGAAAAGGAAUGUAAACUGCUGUGACAGCAUCAUGUGGGCCGUAAGAAAAUGUUAUUGUAUAAUGCUGGUAAGGAGCAAAGCUUGCAUGUUUUGUCCCAGUAGGGUCAGUCAAGGAGGAGUCGUGUAGCAAGGAAGUAUCCGUAACGGAAGGACUCUUGGAAAUGUCGCACUGCAGAUACCUACUCUUCAAAGCAGAGUGGUUUACAUUUCAAAUUGUUUGGAGUCGCAUGCAUUUUAAACUCUUUCAACAUGGGAAGGUUCUCAUUUCUUGACACAAUGUACCAUGCUGUAUUCUACUCUACUUUUGAGCUGUGAUCUACUUUUUCUGGAGUUGGCCUAUAACCACUUUAAAAUUACUGAUGUACACAUGUGUUCUGCAGUACUACACUUUAAAGUGAUGGGAUGGUUUUGGUAUAUCAAAGGGUAGGUUUGUAUUUAAGACUUUAAAUUAUUUCGGCUCUCGUGUGGUGCUAUAGCAGUGUAAUUCCAUUCAAAUUCAAACCCAGGUAGUAUUCCUAAACUGCAUCCUCCUUUUGUGGAGACAGGCCACCUGCAGGGCCUCAAUAUAGCCUCUAAGAUUUUUUUUUUUUUCAUGUUUACUCUGGUUUUAGAAGUAGGUUAAAAUGAACUGCAAUGUUCAACUACACUCCAUACUCUGUAUAUGAAUAGCUUACACUCGAUAAAGAUGUGGGCUUCUGUUUAGUGUUUAUAAAAGUCCUUGUUUGUCUUGUAUACGUCUAAGGUCAUAGAGUGUCAGGAUGGUGAAAAUGCCUUUCAGCAGCACCGCUUGAUUCAGAAGGUGCUCUGGAAGUUAAGUGCCUAAAUACGCAAGCAAAAUUUUGCUCUCUGCCAUGAAAUUAAGGGGAGGUUUAAAUCCCCAUCUCUUCCAUUAACUUGAACCGUAGUUGUACGUACUCGGGAUGCCUAAAAAUUUAGUUGUCUGAAUGCCCCCCAUAACCACUUAAAGGGCUGUGCUUAGGUUUGGGUCCCCUCUUGGGUUCUUGUAGAUGGAGAAGAGUGAGAAAGCCUGGCCUUAAACUGAAAAAGGGCAUCAGCCGGGGGUGAAAGCAGCCUUGCAGAGCUCAACCCGAAAGCGGGAGGUGCAGUGGAGCCUGUUAACCUGAGACUUCAAAUGAAUGUAUUAUCUUACCAAAUGUUUAUAACAUGCUUUUUUCUUUUUAUU